AUGGAAUCAAGCCCUCCAUUGUAUUCGGUGCUAUUACUUGUACUAGUAGCAUCACCGGCCUUAUUUGUUUCUCCAGCGCGUUCAACAUCCCAACAAACACUAGAGCAUCCAAAGCUAAAUAAAACUGGCUUUUGGGUUAAGCUCAAGCAGGUCGAUUCAGGUAAGAACUUUUUCCAGCUUGAGCGAAUACAAAAUGGGAUUAAGCGUGGGCAACACCGGCUGCAAAAGAUCGCAAAUGGAUUGGCUCACCAUGAUUUACGUGCAAUUUCAAGUCCAGUUAGUCCCGUGAAUCAUAUAAGUGAGUUCUUCCUGGAGUUCUCCAUUGGUACGCCACUGAAGACUGAUCAAUUGGUACUUUUGGACACUGCGAGUGACUUGAUAUGGAUUCAGUGUAAGAGUUGCAUCAACUGUUUUAAACAAAAUAAUCCCAUUUUUGAUCAGAGUGAGUCAUUGAGUUUCUUCAAUUUGUCAUCCUCAAGUGAAUUAUGCAAAGCACUGCCGCGAUCAACACCUACGAUUGAUGGGUGGUGUGAGUAUUACUAUAAAUAUCGUGAUGACUCUUCUACAAGCGGGAUUAUGGGUCGUGAGAAUUUUACUUUGGGAGACGUUAUUGUUCCAAAUCUUGGGUUUGGCUGUGGAGAAGACUAUGAAGGAGAUGGGUUCUCACCGGGGGCUGGUGUUGUUGGUCUCGGUCGCGGACUAUUAUCGCUUGUUUCCCAGCUUAAGGAGACUAAGUUCGCUUAUUGCUUGCCCUCCAUUGAAGACCCCAAAAACAGUGGUAGGCUUUUGAUUGGGUCACCUGAAAGAAUCUCGAUUGAUAAACUGAUGAAAACAACACCUUUGAUUAGAAAUUGGUUCGAACCAUCACGUUAUUAUGUUUCGCUUGAAGGAAUCUCAGUUGGUGGCACAAAAUUACACAUGAAGAAAUCAACUGCACUUAAAGAUGAUGGGACUGGUGGUUUAUACAUAGACUCAGGCGCACCGAUAACACAUUUAGAAAAGAGUGCAUAUGAUUUGGUAAGAGAAGAGUUCAUAAAUCAAGCAGUCAAGCUUUCUGAGGACAAGUCCGGCUUGUAUGUGUUCGAUCUCUGCUUCAAUUUGCCCAAGGAGCGAUCAGACAGAGAUAAGGUCCCCAAAUUGAUAUUUCAUUUUGAUGGAGCAGAUUGGGAGUUGCCAAGAAAGAAUUAUAUGAUUGAAGAUGAGAAUAAUGGAGUUAUGUGCUUGGGUAUUGUUCCUUCAAGGGACGACGUAUCUAUGUUUGGUGCUCUUCAGCAGCAAAACAUGUUGGUGAUCAGUGAUCUUGAGAAGGAUACCUUGUCAUUUGUUCCUACAGAAUGUGAUCAGUUGUGA